UUUACCAAAUUCAUAAAUGGUUUUUUAUGUUUCCUGAACAAUUUUGAAAAAUUGACGUACCUGGUUAUUGCACCGAGGCCUUCAAUUAAGAAUAUUAGUGCACGAACGACGCGGACCUAACAAUAUCGCUCAUGUUAUGAACUGUAUCUAUCACUUAAACUACGAACGUAUCUAGUUGAUGUUUUUCAAAAGAUCUGUAAAAUUUCGCAAUGAGUUCGAAUAUUGUUGAUGUGUAUAAUGGUGGUACGAUUUUAAUAACCGGAAGCACGGGAUUUCUAGGGAAACUACUUACGGAAAAGUUACUGCGAUCCUGCAAAGGAAUAAAAAAUAUUGCUAUAAUAGUGCGAGAUAAAAAUGGCUUGUCGGCCAAACAAAGAGCUGCUAAUAUGUACGAAGAAAAAAUAUUUGAUCGGCUUCGAAAAGAAAGACCAGAUUUUACGAAUUACAUUAAAGUCAUAGAUGGAGACUUGACUAGCCCAUCGUUGAGUUUAUCAACGGUUGAUUAUGAGUGGCUUUUGAAAAAUAUAAAUUUUAUUUUUCAUUGUGCUGCCACUAUAAAAUUUAACGAACAUAUUAAAAACGCAACUAAAACUAACAUUGAAGGAAGUGAAAAUUUGAUUGACAUAGCUUUACAAAUGAAAGCGUUGAAGGGAUUCGUUCAUGUAUCUACUGCCUAUUCUCAUUAUCCUAGAACUGAAAUUGAAGAACUAUUUUAUCCUACACCAAUAACAGCGAGUGAGCUAAAACAGAAAUUGAAUCUUGACGGUCAACCGUUCGAAAUUCCAAAAGGUUGGCCCAAUACAUAUACUUUUACGAAAGCUAUCACUGAAAAUCUAAUACUAACAUAUGCCAAACGGUUGCCAAUUGCAGUAUUUCGUCCAUCAAUAGUUGGCUGCACUUACAUGGAUCCAUUGUCUGGCCACUUGGAAAAUAUGAAUGGUCCGUCCGGUGCAUAUACUGCAAUUGUAUGUGGAUUUUUUAGGGCGUUCCCAUUUAAAAUGGAUAAAAUAGCAGAUAUAAUACCCGCAGACUACGUAGUAAAUACAUUAAUAGCAGUAAUGUGGGACACAGUAAACGGAUAUUACAACAACUCAUCAUAUCGAGAGAAGCCAAAAAUAUUCAAUUGUGUAUCGUCUGCCGAAAGUCCGUUGACAUGGCGAAAUUUCGAUACAGGAAUAUUGAAUUCUUACAAAGUUGCACCACCAAUGAGCUCCAUGUGGUACUACGGUAUUAUGACUUACAGUAAUUCGUUGUACGGGAUCCUGUUGAAUGUAUUGUUACAUAAAAUACCCGCCAUAUUACUUGAUUUCAUACGUAUUUUGAUCGGGAAGAAAACAAAAUUUUGGAAAAUGUAUGUCAAUGCCGAUAAAACGAUGAAUCUACUCGGUCCAUUUACCACGAAAGAAUGGAAAUUUACUAAUAACAACACAAGAGUUCUAUGGUCUUCUAUGAGUCAGAAAGACCAACAAUUAUUUCCGUUUAGUAUGAACAACUUUGACUGGAAUCAAUAUAUAAAUGUGUUUUAUCAUGGAAUCCGUAAAAAUAAUCUCCACGAAGAAACUGAUAACAUUUGUAUGGCUUUAAAGAAAAACAGAAAAUUGUACUGGAUAAAACAAUUUCUUGUAUAUUCGCUUAUCUAUGUUGUCUUAAGCAUAUUUUGGAAACACUUGUUCGUUUCGUCCCGUGAGCCGUGAGCCGUGACUCUUGAAUUACGUUCCAUUAUAGCGUAUUGUCCAAUGUUUAAUUAUAAUAUAAUUUUUGAGUUAAAAAACUGAGUUUUAAACAAUCAUUAUUAAUAAUGCUUUUUUUGAUAAAAUUCAAUUCAACAAAGAAAUCUUAUUAAGCUUACUCGCCUAAUCGACAUUAAAAUAUACAAUAAUGUGUGCAUAAACAAGAAAAAAAAUACACCUGCCACUUCCUGCAAUUAAAGUUAUGGUGUUAAUUUAAAACUAAAUAAUUAGCAUUGACCGCAACAGUUG